AUGAAAAUGAGCGAUCACAGAGGUAUCUCGCCGAUGAGCAUGACGGGCAACAUCGCCGAGAACUGGAAGACAUGGCGGUCCCGGUUCGAGAAUUAUCUCGUGGCUACGGAAAUUAAUAAGAGAGAGGAGGCGACACAGUGUGCUCAAUUACUGCACUAUAUUGGUGAAGAAGGCUUCAGGAUAUAUACAACCUUCACGUUCUCGGAGGCGGAGAGAAACAAAAUUGCUGUACUGUUCGAGAAAUUCGAAGCACAUUUCCUGCCGAAGGAGAAUUUACCCUAUGAGAGAUACAAAUUCUUCUCUUAUAGACAACAGCCUGGUCAGACGUUAGAACAGUUCAUCACGGAACUGAAACAAAGGGCCAUGAAGUGUAAACUGGGUGAAUUACAUGACAGUCUCGUCAAAACAAUGAUAAUUUGUGGAGUUAGUAAUUCCACAAUCCGUGAACAGUUGCUGCAAAAAGACGAGUUAACUCUCGAUAAGGCCAUCGAGCAGUGCAUAAUCAUCGAGAUGUCGAAAGCGAGAAGCGACGCCAUUGAGGGAGUGAAAACCAACGGAAACAGCGUGGACGCCAUUAACCGGCGGAGAAAUCUGCAUAGCAACCAGCAUGGCGGGACGACCUCGGGCGGUAAACAAGGUCAACGAGCUACCACAAGUACCGGCGGUGGAAAUGUCAAGCAAACCAAAACAAUAAUAGACUGUACGAAAUGCGGAAGGUCUCAUGCGAUCAAUAAAUGCCCGGCGUAUGGAAAAAUAUGUAACACGUGCCAAAUUAAAAAUCACUUCGCGAGUCAAUGUUUUAAAAAUAAAAAUAAGGUAAAUAAGGCGGAAAAUAAAGUGCAUGAAGUAGGAGAAGUAGGUAAUCCGGAAGAUUACAUGUUUAUCGGCUCAAUAGAUGUCGAUGCGGUAGAUUCGAAAGGUACAAAUAAGAUUCCGACAGGUGAAUGGACAACUAACGUUAAAAUUAGAGGCAAGGAGGUAAACUUUAAAAUGGACACGGGAUCUCGAGUAAAUACUUUGCCAUUAAAGACGUAUAACAGGUUAGGAUUUCCAAAAAGCGUUUUGAAAAGAACUAAUGUAGUAUUGUCGGCGUAUACAGGUGAUUUGCUUAGAAUAGUGGGAGAUUGUACCAUACCAUGCGUAAUUGGCAAAAAGAGUUAUAACCUUCAGUUUUUUGUGAUAGAUACAGAUAAGAAACCACUGUUGGGAUUAUUGACUUUAAUUAAAUUAAACUUAGUACAGAAAAUAGAUGAGGUCGAGUCAAUAGAUAUAAAUUAUAAUAAAUUAAUUAACGAUAACAAAGAGCUGUUUGUAGGUAUCGGUUGCUUAAAGGAACCAUAUCGCAUUGAACUGAAGGAAGAUGCAACACCUGUAGUACAUCCUGCGAGGAAAGUGCCAGUGCACAUUAAAGAUAAAUUAAAAGAAAGUCUGGAUGCUCUUGAAAAACAGGGUAUUAUUGAAAAAGUCGAUUAUAGCACGGAUUGGGUAAAUAGUCUUGUCAUUGUCAGAAAGCCUAACGGGAAAUUACGAAUCUGUUUAGAUCCACAAGAUUUAAACAAGGCAAUCAAACGCGAACACUGUCAAAUUCCUACUCUUGAACAGAUUACUGCUGAAUUAAAUGGGGCUAAGUAUUUUAGUACGCUAGAUGCGACGAAUGGGUUUUACCAAGUACAAUUAGAUAAAGAAAGCUCAGAUCUGUGCACAUUCGCAACACCUUUCGGGAGAUAUAAAUUCUUAAGGAUGCCAUAUGGCAUAUGCUCAGCACCCGAAGUAUUUCAGGAAAAAUUUAAAUCAAUCUUUGACACAGAGGGUUCAAAAGUGUAUAUUGAUGACGUAAUUGUUUGGGGUAAGACUAAAGAAGAACAUGAUAGAAGACUGGUAAAAGUUUUACAGUUAGCGAAAGAAAAUAAUGUUAAGUUUAAUCUAAGUAAAUGUAAAUUCGGAAGAACAAAAAUCGAAUAUAUGGGUCAUAUAAUUACUGACAAGGGCAUGUAUCCAAAUGAAAAUAAAAUCCGCGCUAUAAUGGAGUUUCAACAACCAGAAAAUAAGAAUGAUGUUCAGAGAUUGUUAGGUAUGUUGACCUAUGUAAGCAAGUUUGUAAAAGAAUUUUCGGAUAAAACUGCUCCGUUAAGAAAUUUAAUCAAAGAUAACGUAGAAUUUAUAUGGUUAGACGAGCAUACCCGAGCGUUAGACGAAAUUAAAAAGAUUCUGUGUAAGCAACCAGUCUUACAGUUUUUCGACGCAAGUAAGGAGACCGUUGUCUCAGUAGACGCAUCAAAAUCAGGGCUGGGGGCUGUCUUAAUGCAAAAUAAAUUACCAUGUGCAUAUGCUUCCAAAGCAUUGACGGAAACGCAAACUAGGUAUGCGCAAAUAGAAAAAGAAUUGCUUGCAAUCUGUUUCGGAUUAACUAAAUUUAAUGAGUAUGUAUACGGGAAAAGGGUAAUAGUUGAGACAGACCACCAACCCCUGGUUUCGAUAUUUAAAAAACCCUUGAAUAAAUGUCCUGCUCGUUUACAGAGAAUGAGACUGCAGUUGCAGAAAUAUGAUAUUGAUUUAAGAUAUAGACCUGGUAAAGAAUUAAUACUAGCGGAUGCAUUGUCAAGAGCGUACGUUAAAGAGCACAACGCAGCGGAAUGGGAAGAAGACAUUGAUGCUCAAGUCUGUUUAAUAACUUGUCAGAUAAAUGCGACACCUCAGAAAAUGAAAGAGUUAGUAGUAGAGACAAAUAAAGAUGAGGAAUUGAUUGAGCUUAAGAAAGUUAUUCUAUCGGGAUGGCCAAAGAAUGAAAAAAAAUUAUCGGAUAGCGUGAAAAGUUACAAUCAAUACAAAGAUGAAUUAACGAUAGUGAGCGAUUUAGUUUUUAAAGGUCAAAGCGUUGUAAUUCCGAAUAGCAUGCGUAGCGAAAUGUUAAACAGAGUUCAUUAUAGUCACUUAGGUGUAAACAAAUGUCUCUCAAUAGCCCAAGAGUCAAUAUUUUGGCCUGGAAUGAUAAAUCAAAUUAAACAAAAGAUCGCUGAAUGCCCAUUAUGUCUAAAGUACGCGAAAUCACAGAACAGAGAACCGCUAAAAUCUCACGAGAUACCGAAUUUACCGUGGAAUAAGAUAGGCUGUGAUAUUUUCGAACUAAAAGGUAAAAAAUACUUAUUGUUAAUAGAUUAUUUUUCUAAAUAUCCGGAAGUCGCAGAACUUGAAAGCAUGACUAGUAACACUAUAAUUAAAAAGAUGAAAUCGAUAUUUGCGAGACACGGCAUACCGCGGACGGUGAUAUCUGACGGAGGGACUCAGUUCACUUCAAAAGAGUUUGAACAAUUUACAAAAGAAUACGAGUUUGAUCACAUACCAUCGUCCCCGACGUAUGCACAAUCAAAUGGAAUGUCCGAAAGGAACAUACAAACUGUAAAAAGCAUGUUUAAGAAAGCUUUAGAAGAGAAAUCGGAUCUAGACCUUGCGUUAUUACAUUAUAGGAACACGCCAAUUCUUGGCAACGUUUCACCAGCGGAAGCGCUAAUGUCUAGGAAACUCCGAUCUAAAUUACCGUAUACUAACAAGAUGUUAAAACCUAAAGUUGCGACAAAACAAAUGGCAGAAACUGUAGCAAAACUACAAAAAAGCGAACAAAAAUAUUAUAAUGCGAGAAACGCAAAGGAGUUACCGCAGAUACCAGAUAAUUCCUUUGUAUAUGUACAACGCAGUCCAAGGUCUGACUGGUAUCCUGCUACAAUUUUGUGUCAAAUAAGAGAUAGAUCAUAUAAAGUUAAGCUUCAAAAUGGCUCGAUACUAGUUAGAAAUAGAAGGUUUAUAAAACUUGUUAAAUCUCCAAUUGUAUUGAAAAACGCGGCCAAGGAAACAAAAGUUCUUGGAAAAAAGGAGAAAAGGGUAGAACCAAAGAUUUAUAUUGAAAUAGUAGAUAACGAGGUUGAACCGGAUCCAGUUGUAAACGACGAGGUUGAACCUCCUGGUAACAGAAGUUCCUCAAACUCUGAUGAGUUCGAAGAUGCUAGAAUGGAGUCAGAGAGUACAGGAUCAGAUUCUGAGGUUGAAUCAGUAAAUCAAACAGUAAGAACUGCGUCCGGCAGAAUAAGCAAACCACCUCAGAGACUGAACCUGUAG